AUGGCCACUCCGAGCAGAUCGCAAGAGGUGAAUACGCUGCGGGAGGAAAUUUGUGUCCAGCGCGCGAUCCUAGCCUCGCUCGCAGAUGCGCAGGAUGCAGAUUCUAAAAGGGCCCGCAUCAGCGCCAGGAGGGAUAUUCAGCUCCUCACGGAGAGGCUGCAGAAGAUUGAGGGAACAUCAUCCCAAGCCGUCUCUUCAUCACAAGGCUCGCAAAGCGUGAAAUCAGAACGGUCGUCGCAGCCUCAGCGGCCGCCUGCUACGCCCAUCAGCCUCCCAACCAGAAAGCGAGACUUUGAACACCGCGGAAGUCCCACAAGUCCCGAUCUACAUUCCAAAUCGCAAAAGACUACGCCAAUGUCCGUCGCCAGAGGCAGACUACCCCAAAGCUCGAUUGAUAAUAUUAUCGACUCGGACGAUCUAGAGGUUAUUGACCUCACAGGUGAUGACAUUACGGAUACAACUGGCUACAUUGCCGCGCAGAUUCAGCAGGAGAAGCUGGCCGCCCAGAGACAGCGUGACCGUGGUUUUGCUAAAAGCCUUCAGCAGUCCCGCGUUGCUGCCAACGGGAGUCGAGAUCCCCAGUCGGAUCCGCUGCAGCGUCUCAUGCAGACGGCUCGGACCAACGGAGCCCCUAGAUCUGGCUUCCAGGACAGCACUGAACUCAAAGUCGAGUACCCAGGUCAGGAUUCCAAGUCUAAUAUUUCUGCGCCUCCGAGCGCAACCGCGUCGCACCUUCCUCAGUCCCGAAGUCAAAAAGAAGCUCUUCUACAUAGCCUGCGGAUGGCGGAACAGCACAGGCUCCAGAGUAUGCAGCGGCUUCAUGAGAGUCAGCGACAGCGGCAGCUGAAUCAUGGAUUGGCACCAGGCCAUUCUUUGCCUGGUGCCUUUCCAGGCUCCGACAUGUUUGGCCCGUACUCGCCGUACAGUCCCUCUGUCGCCCAACCACCUCGCCAUGUUCUUGGGUCCACGACUUGGCCCGUUGUUCCCAGUAUGCCCUAUAUACCCGGCAUGCCCGUUGUUCCCAGUAUGGGCGUUACUUCCACCAUGGACGUUAUCAAUCGCACAAGAGACUUCUCAUAUAGUAACGCGGCGGCUGGAUUUGGCUUCCCUCCGGUGGCUGAUCGCAUGCGAGAUUUUUUGGAUCUGACUCAACCCCAGGAAAAAAUGAGCGACAAGGAGCUGGACGACUUACUUGAAAAUAUCCGUCCUGAUGAAGAGAUUCCACUCGGAGAACGUAACGAUACUGUUGAGGGCCUCAAGGUGAACAUCUAUCACCAUCAGGAACUCGCUCUCAAGUGGAUGCAGGCCAUGGAGGACGGCUCAAACAAGGGCGGUAUUCUGGCCGACGACAUGGGUCUGGGCAAGACCAUCUCGACGCUCGCAUUGAUGGUGACGAGACGGGCCACCUCGCGACCCAAAACGAACCUCAUCAUCGGUCCUCUGUCCCUUAUUCGCCAAUGGGAAGAGGAAAUUUACACCAAAGUAUCAACAUCCCAUAAGAUGUCUGUAUUCGUGUAUCACAACAAAAAGGCCACCACUGAUGACCUUCUCACGUAUGACGUGGUCUUGACCACGUACGGCACUAUCGCCGCAGAGCUCAAAAGAUUGGACACAUUUGUCAAGGAGAAUGCUGCUGCCCAGAGAGAACCCGACUAUAACUCCACAGAAGUUGCGCUCAAAUUCCCUUUGUUGCACCCUACAAAGGCAAAGUACCAUCGCAUCAUCCUUGACGAAGCCCAAUGCAUCAAAAACAAGGAGACGCAAACGGCCAAGGCUUGCCAUCGCCUGCGGGCCACCUUCCGCUGGUGUUUGACGGGCACACCAAUGAUGAAUGGCGUCUUGGAGCUGUACUCGCUGCUCGCCUUUCUGCGCAUCCGGCCGUACUGUGCUUGGGAUAGAUUCCGCCAGCAAUUCGGCGUUUUGUUUGGCAAAAAGGGUGAUGAAAAAAGUGUCGCCAUGAGCAAGCUGCGUGCCCUCCUCAAAGCGAUUAUGCUUAGGCGAAAGAAGAACUCCAUGCUGGAUGGCAAGCCCAUUCUCGAGCUGCCAACAAAGACUGAGAUGGUCGUAUAUGCAGAGCUAUCCGCGGAUGAGCGUGAUUAUUACAACCAGCUAGAAAAGAAGGCGCAGGUUCUUUUCAGCAAGUACCUUCGUGAAGGCAGCGUUGGGAGGAACUACUCUAAUAUUCUUGUGCUUCUUCUGCGUCUUCGUCAAGCAUGUUGCCACCCGCAUCUUAAUCUCGACGUCACCGACAAUGCUCCUGUGACUGAAAAGGAGGUUCUUGAUUUGGUCAAAGAGCUGCAGCCUGGCAUCGUGGCAAGAAUCAAGGCUGCGGAGAGCUUCGAGUGUCCUAUAUGUUACGAUGCCGUCCCCUCCCCUCAGUUCUUCAUUCCAUGUGGUCACGACAGCUGCAGCCAAUGCUUGAGCCGGCUUGCCGACAAUGCGACGUCCCAGAAUAUUCAAGAAGGUCACGAGAGCGAUAAAUGCAAAUGUCCAGUCUGUCGUGGGCAGUUUAACCCAAAACAGUGCUUCACCUUGGAGGCAUUCCGGAAGGUGCACAUGCCUGAGGCGCUCAAAGCGGAGGAAGAAGAUGAAUCCGAAGACGAAUCCGAAGACGAAUCUGAGGACGAAUCUGACGAGAACGUCAUUGAGGAGACUAAUGCCAGCGAUGAUGACAUCUACUCUGACGAUGUCGUGGACGCAAAGGGCAAUUUGGCUGGUUUUGUUGUCGAUGACCACUUUUUCAGUGACUCUGAUGAUGACACUGACACCAAGCCAGAUGUGGCCAAGAUCAAGGCCGAAGGGUCAUCCGCGGAUCACAAGGUCAAAUCUGAAAAAGUAGAGUCUGACGGAAUCAAGUCUGAGGAAGACGAGCAUGAAAAGGAACAGAUGCGCAAAGCCAAGAUCAAGCAAGGCAAGCGUGUGCGACUGCCAAAGGCUAAGAAGCCCAAAAAGAACAAGUCCAAGGCGAAGAAGAAGGACAAGGACGAAAACGAAAAGGUAAUCAAGGUUGAUAUCAAGCCAUCGAUGCUCAAAGAACUUCGUCUCGAAGCUCGCAAGAGCCGCGAGGCGUACCGCAAGUACAUGGCCUACCUCAGACAGACGUGGCUCCCCGCAGCCAAGGUCUCCGAGUGCAUCCGCUUGCUCGAGGAGGCCGACGCGGCGGGCCGCAAAUCGAUUGUCUUUUCGCAGUGGACCCUGCUCCUCGACCUGAUCGAGGUCGGCCUCGGCCACGCGGGCUUCCAGAACAAGCCCAAGCGGUACGAUGGCGGCAUGUCGGGCGAGGAACGCAACAAGGUUGCCAAGGACUUCCAGAACCCGGCGCGCAAGGACGUGACGGUGAUGCUGGUCUCGCUGCGCGCCGGCAACGCGGGCCUGAACCUGACGCAGGCGACGCGCGUCAUCAUCAUGGAUCCCUUUUGGAACCCGUACAUUGAGAUGCAGGCUGUCGACCGGGCCUACCGCAUCGGGCAGAAGCAGCCCGUCGAGGUGUUUCGCAUCCUGACAAAGGAGACGGUCGAGGACCGCAUCGUCGAGCUCAAGGAGAAGAAGCAGGCGAUUGUGGAGGCGGCCCUCGACGAGGCCGAGAGCGCCAAGAUUGGACGGCUGGGCGUCAACGAGCUCAAGUUUUUGUUCAACAGACGAGAUGAGUAA